GCGACGAAUGAUCUUUGGAUGGCCUUGCAAUGAUUCUCACUUGUCGGACCGGACACAGGCGCUUUCGCUGACUUUGACAAGGCUCGUCGAAAUCUCUAUAGACAAAUUCACGACCCACUCGUCGUCGUCAGAAAGUGCACUAGUACUCGUCGUCUGAUUAUUUUCAAUGGCUCAAACAAAAGAUGUCUCAUGUCUGCCAAUCCCAGAGGACGCCGAAUCCAUCACGAUGCAUUUAUGCGCCAAGUGUGACGAUUCCUUACACUUAAACGUUCCCAAAUUCGAUAACAACGAGAUCAUGCUCUAUCUGCGCUCAGGGUAUCUCCCUACUACCUCAGAAAGUGCAGUAUACUCCAGCAAUCUGUCUGAUAUCCAAUCGGGAAUCAGACUCUGCGAGGAAGCGCUUUAUCAUCUCCGUGAUCUAUCUAGAGUUAUAGAUGAACACCAGAUGAGUUUGUACGAAAAAGCCGACCAAAUUCGCGGUGUAAUAUCCCCGAUUCGAAAGCUGCCUCGCGAAAUUCUCACCGAAAUCUUUCAAUACGUCUGUUGUGAUCCUGAAAUUGGUGUCAACUACUUGGAUGGUCAUGAAAGCCUUCCAACUCUUGAGCUCAGCCGCGUGUGUUUUCAGUGGCACGAUCUGGUGAAAUCCACACCUAUGUUAUGGACUUCAUUUGGAUCAUCUGUCUGUAAGAUCGUCGACCCAGAUGUUCGCCCUAUGUUCAAAUUCUUUCUUGAACGCUCUUACCCUUAUCCUAUCGACUUCAAAAUCAGCGAUCCUAGCCCGGAUUACUUUCCUUGGCAUUCUUUUUCUACUCCUUUGAAUGAAAACAGAUGUCACGAACGUUGGCGCCAUAUUUUUCUGCGUAGCCAGAAACAAUUUGUUGAACUCCUCUUGCAACCAUUGUUGCAGCAUCAAUUCAGUCUCUCCAGUUUGGUUUCUUUGACCAUUAAUUGCGAAGCUGGUAGCUUCCUGGAUUUUCCUAUUCCUUGUCCCAACCUUGAAGCUUUAAUUCUCGAAAAGGUUCACCUCAAUCUCCGAUUUCCUCGACCGACGAUCACAUACCUCAAUUUCAUGAAUAUCAACAGUGAUUGGGCCUUGCAGUCAAUGUUGAACAUUUGUGCAUGAUGCUCGAACAGAGUCAUAGUAGCCUGACCCACCUCACUAUUCGGAGUAUUUUGGCUGAAGGACCUAACGAGUUGG